UAUGGCGACUUGCAUGUAGCAGCCACGCUGGUAAUGGGGAGAUGUUUAUAAACUGUACAUUUUAAUAUAGUUUGUUAUUAGAGAGUGAAAUAAAAACUUAAGAGCGAUCAUGUCGGGGAGACACAACAAUAAAUUACCAACAAAUCUGCCACAGUUGCAGAACCUUAUAAAAAGAGACCCCCAGUCCUACACGGAAGAGUUUCUGCAGCAGUAUCGACACUACCAGUCCAAUGUUGAAGUCUUCAAGCUUCAGCCUGACAAGCCCAAUAAGGAGCUGGCAGACCUGGUCAUGUUCCUUGCCCAGGUCGGGCACUGCUAUCAAGAGCAGCUGUCCAGUUUUCCCCAGGAGUUGACAGAGCUUCUGCUAAGUCACCAUACAGUUCUUGAAAGUGACCUGCGGAUGACUUUCUGCAAGGCCCUCAUUCUUCUGAGGAACAAAGACCUCAUCAAUCCGACGGGCCUGCUGGAGCUGUUCUUCGAGCUCCUUCGCUGUCACGACAAGCUUCUGAGGAAGACUUUGUACACUCACAUCGUGACGGACAUCAAGAACAUCAACGCCAAGCACAAGAACAACAAAGUGAACACCAGCUUGCAGAACUUCAUGUACACCAUGCUGAGGGACAGCAAUGCCGUGGCCGCCAAGAUAUCGCUGGAUGUGAUGAUUGAGCUGUACAAGAGGAACAUCUGGAAUGAUGCCAAAACAGUUAAUGUUAUCACGACAGCAUGUUUCUCCAAAAUCACAAAGAUUCUUGUGGCAGGCUUAAAGUUCUUUUUGGGCAAGGAUGAGGAUGAGAAAAAAGACAGCGAUUCAGAGUCAGAGGAGGAGGGCCCUUCAGCAAGAGACAUCAUGAUCAGGUACUCAACCGGCAAGAAAACCUCCAAGAACAAGAAGAAAAUGGAGAAAGCCAUGAAAGUCCUCAAGAAACAUAAAAAGAAAAAACGAGCAGAAGUCUUCAAUUUCUCUGCCAUACAUCUAAUCCACGAUCCGCAAGAUUUUUCUGAAAAGCUGUUCAAGCAGCUGGAGGACUCCAAGGAGCGCUUUGAGGUGAAGAUAAUGAUGAUGGAGCUGAUUUCCCGACUAGUGGGAAUUCAUGAGCUUUUUCUCUUCAACUUUUACCCGUUCAUACAGCGUUUCCUCCAGCCCCACCAGAGAGAGGUCACCAAAAUUCUCUUAUGUGCUGCCCAGGCUUCACAUCAGCUGGUUCCCCCAGAGGUCAUUCAGCCUGUGAUCAUGACGAUAGCAAACAACUUUGUCACAGACAGAAACUCAGGUGAAGUGAUGACUGUGGGCAUCAAUGCCAUCAGGGAAGUGGUGGCCCGCUGUCCCCUGGCCAUGACAGAAGACCUGCUGCAGGACCUGGCUCAGUACAAGACUCACAAAGACAAGAAUGUGAUGAUGUCAUCUCGAGGGCUGAUCCAGCUGUUCAGGAGUUUGAAUCCCCACAUGCUGCACAAGAAAGACAGGGGGAAACCCACUGAAGCCUCGGUGGAAGCUAAGAUUCAGGACUACGGGGAGCUGCAGGCCAAAGACUUCAUCCCUGGGGCCGAGGUCCUAGAGCUGGAGGGGGAAAAGGAUGGAGAUGAAGCAGAGGAAGAAGAGUGGGAGAGCGCCAGUAUGAGCGAGGACGACGACGAUGAUGGAGAGUGGGUCGAUGUUCACCACUCCUCCAACGAAGAGCAGGGUGAAGUGGCGGAGAAGCUGCAGAGCAUGCCCGUGGAGGAGAGGAAGGCUAAGGCGGCCGCGGUCAGCGCCAGCCGCCUCCUCACGCAGGACGACUUCAAGAAGAUCCGGCUCGCCCAGAUGGCCAAGGAGGUCAGCUCCGCCCCCGGGAAGAGCCAGAAGAGGAAGAACGUGGAGGACAGCGAUGACGAGAGCAGAGGGGAGCUGCUCACACUGAGAAAUAUUGAGCGUCUGCACAAGAAGCCCAAAUCUGAUAAAGAAACACGUCUGGCGACAGCUAUGGCUGGCAGGACGGAUAGGAAGGAGUUUGUGAAGAAGAGGAGCAAGCUGAACCCCUACGCCAGCACCACCAACAAGGAAAAGAAGAGGAAGAAGAACUUCAUGAUGAUGAGGCACAGCCAAAACGUCCGUACCAAGAACAAGCGGUCCUUUAGAGAAAAGCAGCUGGCCCUGAAGGAGGCUCUCUUGAAAAAGAAGAAACAGCACAUGAAGUGACCUCUCUGAUGUAAGAGUUCCGGGAACAGGACCCUAAUAUCACGCAGAGUGAGAGCGCACUGAAGAAAAUCAGCUGGGCAGCGCUCCCCCAAAGCAACUGUUUUAUUUUAAUAUGUGCCUCAGCCUUUGUGCUUACUCGCACAACACCGCCCCCCC